AUUAGAUUCCUACACAAUCUCUCUCCUACGUGUUGCCCCUCAAAUACACCACCAAUCCAGAUUCACUCUCCUCACUUUUGGGACCCCUUUUUUCUCUCUCAUACUUAAACAACCUUUCUCUCUCCUCCCUCUCACCCCCUUUUCCCUCUCUCUUUCCCCCCAAUUUUUUCCUUCGCACUCCACCCCAAAAAAAACCCUAGUUUUCUCCCCCCUCCCGAGCUGUCGUUUCGCCUCUUCCGAAUUCCCCCGCCCCCUCCCAUUUCCUGGCUAAUUUAUCCGCGCAGAUUGGAAUUCAGGUUAAAUCAUGGACGAUUCGGAGCAGAACAAGCUGUUUGUUGGGGGCAUUUCGUGGGACACGACGGACGAUGUGCUCAAGGACCAUUUUUGCAAGUACGGCGACGUUUUGGGCUCCGUGAUUGCUCGGGAUCGGAAUUCCGGUCACCCCAGGGGCUUCGCUUUCGUCACCUUCUCGGAAUCUUCGGCCGUCGACCGCGCUCUCCAGGAUUCCCAUCAAAUUCUUAGCAGAACGGUGGAAGUGAAAAGGGCCAUUCCUAGGAGCGAACAACAAAGUCAACAACAGAAUAAUAGGGGAUCGAGUAGGAAUAAUAGUAGGACUAACAGUAGGAGCAACGACCAGUUUAGGACGAAGAAAAUUUUUGUAGGGGGUUUGUCAGCUAACUUGACUGAAGAAGAAUUCAGAAGUUACUUUGAGAAGUUUGGUAGGAUUACUGAUGUAGUUGUGAUGCACGAUAAUCUGACUCAUAGGCCGAGGGGAUUUGGUUUUAUUACCUUUGACUCAGAGGAUUCUGUAGAGGAAGUUAUGCAGAAGAACUUCCAUGAGUUGACUGGAAAGCUUGUCGAGGUUAAAAGAGCUGUGCCAAAGGAUGGAAUCGGUAGUAGUAACAUUGGUUAUAAUGGAAGGUUAGGUGGCGGAAGAAGCCCUACCAGCUUCAACUCUUAUCAGCAAGGGAGUUAUACGCCUUUUAAUUCUAGAUAUGGGUAUUUCCCCGGAUAUGGUAAUGUGGCUGGCUAUCCAUAUGGAGCUGGGAUAUUCGGUGGUGGUUAUCCUUCUGGAGGGUACAGUGGAAUUGGUUAUGGGCUCACUCCAAUUGCCCCGAGGAGUCCUUGGAAUCCAGCAAUGGUUGGUGUCAGGGGAAGUUUCCUGCCUUAUGGAAGUGCUGCUCCUGUCUAUCCCUCCUACGUGAAUGGUGGACCUGGAGUAAUGGGAAUGUCUGUGAACGGUUAUGGUGGGAUCUUGGGUGGUGAUGUUCAACACACGACUGAAUCAGCACCCUCUCAGACUGGUAUAAAUAAUGUAGAUGCCAAUUCUUUUGGUACUGGUAGAAGCUUUGGAGGCGCAGCUAGCAAACAGAGCCAUAGAGUUAGUGAUAAGUCUUACCAAGCUGCUAACUCAAGCUGACUACUUGGCAUCUUGACUGUGGAUAUUGACAUGUUAGAAGUUUCUCCCACUGACGGAGUUGGGUACCAUUAUUCCAAUGUCCAUGCAUUAGAUCUCUUUCUAAUUCUUAUAAAGAUUUGGUGUGGUUUCUUGUUUUUAAUUUCAAAAAUUAAUGGAUUCUGGAUUCAGUUAUUGUAAUAUAAUUUAUUUAUAAAUUUAUUUUUUUCA